UUGAGGAUUGUUUUUAAAUUUUUCAUUUACUUAAUUUUGUUGUUGGUUUUUCUUUAGUUUAUCUCCUAAAUGUCAUAUUAUGAUAAUGAUCAAAACGGUGAUGAAGGAAUUGUUGGCACACCAUUCCCGGCAUUAGAAGCUGAUGAAAUCGUUUCUCGAAAACCCGAUAUCGAUCAAACGGUACGAGAUGAACGUGGAAGACGACGAUUCCAUGGAGCUUUUACCGGUGGUUUCUCCGCCGGUUAUUGGAACACUGUUGGUUCGGCUGAAGGAUUUACACCAAAAAUUUUCAAAUCAUCACGUAAAGAUAAAUUCAAUAAAGAUGAUUUCUUUUCGAAACCAGAAGACUAUAUGGAUGAUGAAGAUUUUGGAUCGUUCGGAAUUGCUCCGAAAAAGAUUCAUACUAAAGAUGAUUUUGUGGAAAAUUUUACCCUAUCAAGUUUAAAAGAUUCUCAUUUGACAUUCGACGAAGUUAUAAGAUCAGUUUUUCAACCCAGUAAAGAAUCGAUUGGAAAGCGAUUAUUCUGCAAAAUGAAAAGAACCGCAAAAUUAGAGCAAAAAGAUUUAUACGAAGAUGAUGAACCUGUUGAUCCGAAAACUAAAUAUAACCGUUUGUUGAUACAAUCGAAAACCAAUCGACACGGUCUUGGUUACAAAGGAAUGUUAAAUUCAGAAAUUUCUGAUUCUACAAGUGAUAAUAAACGGAAACUUGAUUCUGGAAAUGCUGUUUUGGCCACAAUGAAAAGUGGACGUCGAUUAAAAAUUAUUGGUGAAGCUUUUGGCUAUGGAGCGUUAGAAGAAGAUGAUGCUAUGGAUAUCUAUUCGCAUGAUGAUCUAUCAAAAUAUGAUUUUGAGAUAGGACCAGUUGCACAGAAUAAAAAACUUCCAACAAAAAAGCCUUUUUCGACUAAUCCAAAUGCCACAGAGCUUGACGGUUUCACUAAAUUAAAAGAAAAUUUUAAUUUAUUCCAAACUAUCAAAAGUAAAUAUGCGUUACCAGAGUUGCCCAAAGGAUGGAAACCAAGAAAAAUAGCUGAAAUAUCAAAUUUAAAACGACAAUCUAGAUGGGAUGCAAAAAAUAAUCAACCAAUUGAUUCGGUUUCGAAUGUCAAACAACAAAAAGUACUUAAUGCAAAUCUAAGAGCUGUGAUUCUCGGUGAAAAUGUUGUACAUAAAAGUGGUCUUGCUAAAUCUGAGCCAAAUAAAGAAUUAGAAUUUUCUAAAGCGAUCAAACCAACUAAUAUGAUAGCAGCUAAUGUGCCCGUAUCAAAAACUCCUUUGUCGGGAUAUUUUGCAUCAAAAUUUACUCGAAGCUCAUCGACAACGACCGAUGAGGAACAAUUGACAGCAGGUCUUAAUACAUUUGAAAAUGUUUCAAUAACAUCUUUGCAACUAGAUAGAAAACCAGAAACAUCAUCAAAUAAAACAGUUGAGAAUUUAGCUCCAAUAAGAACUGUUUAUGAAUGGCAUCCUCAUAAACUUUUAUGCAAAAGAUUUGGUGUACAAAAUCCUUACCCACAAUUUCCCGAUGUGAUCGGUAUUGUUUGCAUGCGAGAAAGUGAUAAAUCACGUAAUAUGAUUACUCGAACUAAUUCUAAACAAGCUAAUCAAGAGAAAAAAUCUUCAUUUGGAAAUAUUUUUUCUGAAUUAAAUUCAACAAGUGAUAUUCAACCUUCUACAUUAUUGUCGAACAAAACUAGUCAAAGUAAUGAAAGUGAAAAGUGUCCGCCAAUUGUUUACGAAAAAGAUCAGAGACCUGUAUUGGAUGAAAUUACAGAAAACGAAUCCGAACAGCAAUCACAAUUGAUUGAACAAGAAAAAUCUAGACCACCAAUUGAUCUUUUUAAAUCGAUUUUUGCAUCCGACGAAGAGGAAGAUGAUGAAUUAGAAAAUGAAAAUCCCAAUGAAUCAAUAUCAAAAAAUCAAAAUGAUAAUUUAAUUUCCAAACAAUCUGUGGGUAUAUUUGCAGGCAUAGAUUUUGAUCAACUAAAUCAAGAUUUCGAUCCUCGUUUGAAUUCAACAUCGGAUGACACAAAAGAUCAAGAUCUUAAAAAUGUUGACGAGGCUGAUGAUGGUGAUGAUGAAGAAUGUUAUGGACCUGCUCUGCCACCCCAAUUAUCUAAUCCCGAAUCAAUCAAAUUGGCAACCCCAUCGACUCAUACUAUCAAUGAUAAUAAACCUUUAAGGCAUAAAAAAGUAAAAAAAUCGAAAAAAAGUAAAAAAUCUAAAACGAAAAAAUCAUCAUCAAAACAUCAUUAUCAUCGAAAAAAGAAAAGACAACGAACGUCAUCGAGUUCUUCGGAUGGUAGUAAUAAUGAUGACGAUAACGAUAAUGAUUGGCAAGAAUCUGAGAUUGAUCGAAGUGUGAAAGAUAAAUUAAUUGAUUUUAUUAAAAAAGUUAAACAUCGUUAAUGACGAUAAUUAGUUAUUAAUGUGUAUGAUUGUUCGAAUUAUCUUUGUUCGAAA